AGGGGCGCGAUGGGGGCGUGCUGCGGCAAGGGCGAGUCGGCGGGGAGGACGUGCAUCUACUGUAGGGAUAACGUCGAGCAUUGUCACCCAAGGCCACAGCUACCCCUGUACAUAUUUUGCUGUGUUUGAAUUACCGGGUGGGGGAGGAGGAAGUCCUGGGCCCUUUGCUUUUUGUGCCAGCCUCAGCUGCUAUUUUUUGGGAAGGCUACAGGAUGGGGCAUGAUUCGGCUACCACUGGCGGGGCUUCUGCAUUUUUUAUUUGAAGAGAAGCUCCUUCAAAUCCCCCCUUCGAGCAUCGGAGAGCACCGCAGAAUUGCUGGAUUGCGUCGAUUUCUAAUAUAGGAGUAGGGUCUCCUCUUCCUCCCUCCCCCCAUCGCGUAUUAUGCUGCUCCGCCCAAUUGCUUCCUGCCACUUUCCCACAACCCCGUCCUCCCAUCUUCAGAUUCUGUGCAAAAGGAAAGCAAAAAGCAACUUCUCUCAUCCCUGGAAUGGCAAUAACUGUCUGACGGCAAACCAAAAUGCCCCAGAUAGUCUCGAGCAGUCUUUUUUUCGGGGUGUGUGUGUGUGUGUGUGUGUGUUACUCUCCAGCCAGCAUGUCCUUCAGGAACGCCGGGAAGCCCCUUCACACGUUAUCGCUUUCACGUGUCUCUCGUCCGGCCCGUUCCUCACGUCCCAUGCUGGCCUACAGACAGAAGGAAUCCUAAAGAGAGGUUCCAGGCCAGAAAGACGAGGAGUAAGCGGUAAGGGAGGCUGGAGAAGCGCCAAGACCGUCUUCUCUGCUGCCCUCGGGCCGCUCCUCUCUUCCCGCCUAAGGCAUCAACCUCAGCCGCUGCAAAUCGGCCGCGGGAUCCGCCCUAAGCGACGCUGCUGUUGGGAGGAUAGGAGCGCAGGACCGCCCCGGACGCAGCCUGCCUUCCUUUUUGUCGCAGUCGCCGUCUUUGGCUGAGGAAGAGUCCCCUCCACAGUUGGCGGGGAAAGAAGAAGCGCUAUGGCGGCGCAGGAGACUCCCGCCCCGUCGGCAGAAGACAUAUUCUUGUGUAAGACCGCCGACCAGCCUCCCGUCGAGGGGGAAGGUGGUGGUAGUCUCUCCUCCUCAGGGCGGCUGCGCAGAUCCGCUCCUUGGCGCUUCUUCAGGCCUCGGUUCUCCGCGGAGUACUCCGCCAGUCAGCUCCUGCUGGACGCCCUGUCGGACUUGGGGGAGGACGAGCUGAAGACGUUCAAGAACAAACUCCGCGAGGUCCCCCUCAAGCAGAACUUCGAAAAACUCCCCGAGGAGAAGCUGGAGGAAGCAGAUGCCUCGCGCCUGAGAGACCUCUUGAUCGACUGCUGGCUCCAGAGUUACGCUGUGGAGGUGACGGCCGAGGUGCUGAAGGCCAUGGGUCGCGAGUUCCAGGCGGACAGGCUCUCCCGCCUCGCUGGGAAAGCAUGGUUUACACAGGACCACCUAAGGAACAUCCUGGAAAUGUUGACGGAAUCAGAGCUGAAGAAGUUCAGUGAUAUACUCCACGAAUACCCCAUCAAGCAGGGCUUUAGAACAAUUCCCAAGGAGUUGCUGGAGGGGGCAAAUGCUUCUCAGAUCAGAGACCUGCUGCUUGAGUACUACGAUGAGGACUAUGCCGUACAGGUGGUGGUCACCGUGCUGAUGGCUGUUGGCUGCAAGUACCAUGCACAAUGCCUCUACAAUCGCAAAACAGAAGCAUGGUUUCCACAUGUCUAUCUGCUGAACACCCUGGAAAUGUUGGAGGAGUUUGAUCUCAAGGAGUUUAAGGUGAAACUCCAGGAGUUCCCCGUCAAGGAGGGCUUUACAAAUAUCCCGAAGGAGUUGCUGGAGGAAGCAAAUGUUUGGCAGCUCAGAGACCUGCUGCUCUACUACUACGAUGAGGAUUAUGCCAUAGAGGUGACAGCUGAGGUAUUGAAGGCCAUUGACUGCAAGCCAGAGGCAGACUGGCUCCUCUAUGUCAUCAGAAAAGGAUGGUUUAAACGUGUCCAUCUGCUGAACACCCUGGAACUUUUGAGGACGUCUGAUCUAAUGAGGUUCAGGAGAAUACUCUUCACGAUCCCCAAGAAGGAGGGCAUUACAAAUAUCCCCAGGAGGUUUCUGGAAGAAGCAAGUUUUCAGGGACUCAGUGACCUACUAAUCAGCUACUAUGGAGAGGAUUAUGCCGUGGAGGUGACGAUCAAAACGCUGAAGUUUAUUGGCUGCCAGACCCAGGCGGACAUUCUCUACCAUCUCUCCUGUCAAACAGAGCGACCUCCAUUCAGUUCCAAAAUAGAUGAGUCAAGGCAUCAGCCAGCCAAUUUCUUGUCACUGAAAAUUAUUCAAGGUCUGAAGAGGCUGGUUUCAUCAGGAAGAGCCACCAAAAGGUUAUUUGGAAAAUUCACAAUAUCUGGUGAACAGAUGAUCCGCAAGGGAAGAGAAGAAUUAAUUGAAAUUCUUGAAAAGGACAUAGAAUUAUUUUUACACGUGUUGCAUUCUCAUUCUGUCAUCACCCUGAAAGAAUUCACAGACUUGUACAAAACUGAGGAAGAUUCCAAGAGGAAAAGUCACAAAUUGCUGAAAAUUAUCCUGGAAAGGGGGGAACAAGCUUGUUGCCGGUUUCUAAAAGACAUAGAAAUGUUAUGUCCUGAUUCAAUUCAGACUCUGCUAUUUGCAUUAUAUGAGGAAGGACGAAGUGUGAUGAUGGAGGACCCAACAGAUUAUGGGGAAAGUGUCCUGUGUUUUCAGUGUCCCACAGAGGAUCUUCCAGAACAAAUCAUUCCAGAGGUGGUUUGGGAUUCACAGAAGAGCCAAGAAACCUACAGGUUAUGCCCCACUGAGGCUGGCUCCUUUCUUUGCUGUUAUACUGAUCUCAUAUUUGAGGUGAGCAGAGCUGUGACCAUAACAUACCACUUUGAUUCAUGGCGGAACCACCUGAGUCGAUGGGAUACCUGGAAGUCUGUCGCUGGCCCUUUGCUCAAUAUCCACGCACAUCCAGAAGAGGCUGUGGCAGCCGUUCACUUCCCCCACUUCCUGUGUCUUGCAGGUGAAGAUAGUUCCGAAGUCUACAUUGCACAUUUUGUUGAAGGGGGGAUGAGUCUGGAGAAGCCCGACAGAGUGGGGCCAUUUCAUGCUGUGUUGAAAACCCCCAGCUUCUCUCCCCGUGGAGUCAUUUUCAAAAAGUCAUGGUUCAAGAGAAAGAUAAAGGUCCAUGCUGUGGCACUGCUCUAUCAGGAGCUGGAAAUCUUGGUCCCAAAAUUCCACCUGUACCUCCUCCCCAAUGACUCUUCCCUAAGAAAGGCAGUUGAUGAGCAUGAAGGGAAGUGCCCUUCAUGGAGAAUGGAGAAACCUCCAGUGACCCUCAAGCCUCUGACAGUCGGCUCUCGCUUCUUUGUGCAGACAUUAGAUGGUGUCAGAAUCUGUCCCAAGGAACUUGAGUUUCAAUACCUGCAUGCGGACAUGAUGCAGCAAUACCUUGAACUGUAUGCUGAACACAUGCAGGAUGGGCUGGAGCUCAACGUGAUAGAGAAGAAUAAGUAUCAACUCAUAUGGGAGGCCUACGUGAGACGAGAUGAAUUGAAAUCUCCUGUUCUGCACCCAGCACAAGGUGCUAGUGGUCACACACAGACUGCUGCUCUGUGCUUCAGUACUACCUCGGGAACAUGUGAGGCCAACCCAUCUGGCUCAUCAGACCUCCAUUUUAUUGACCAACACCGUGAACAGUUGAUCCAGAGGACCAGCAAUGUCGAAGGUGUCCUGGAUCUGCUGUGUGGCACCAUCCUGGAUGAGGAGCAGUACCAAAAAAUCUCCUUGAGGGGAACCAACCCAGAAAAAAUGAGGGAGCUCUACAGGCUGGUGCCAAGCUGGAACCGUGCUUGCAAGGAGAAACUGUAUCGGGCAUUGAAGACCAAAAACCCAUUCCUCAUUGCUGACCUUGAAGGAAGAUGAAGCCAUGAGGAAGCCACAGAGAGGCCACAGGAAAUCCAUCUGCAUGCACUGUGUGACUUCACUCCUCCCCUUUGUGCUCACAUGCAUCUGACACAAAGUGAGGGGUCCAUGCAUCUGUUCAAAGAAGCAUUUGCUUCUAACUGAACUUUCAUUGUCACAGGUUCUUCCUUUUUGCCACCACCCCCAGUGCAAAGCAGGAAGCUUGUGCCCAGGGCUCAGUUUUAGAAUCUGUUUUCUAUAUGAAGGUUGGGUUGAGGGGUAUAUGAAGGAUAAAUUCUUGAAAAUCCACUGAGCCUUCCUUCUGCCUAUGAUGAACCAUGGUCUGUCCUCCUACCUCCUGGCAGAAUGCCUGUUGUAUUCAGCAGAAAGAGCAUUCCACAACAGUGGUGCCAGCAGUGAAAAAGCCUGUUUCCAUCUUAUUGCAAGCUGAUAAUCAUCAGGCCACGGCAAAGCCAACUAGGUUCCAUUUAUUGAUCUUAAUGCUCUUACCGGGCAGUGGAGAGAAAGACAAUGAUACCAGAUGUAACAGGGUGCAAAAGUAUUUCUUGUUUUUCCAAAUGCUACUUGAAAAGAAGCCAUUCUUCUCCUUUUCUAAAUCUUCUCAGAAAUUCACAUUGUGGAAGAAAAUGGAGUUUUCUAAACUUUUUAGACACUGGGAUGUGAAGCCAGAGAAAGAAAGCCCGGUGUUCUCAGGGCUUCUGCAUCUGUACUUUUGCUUUUUCUGCUGUGAGACCUCUUGCUGCUGUAUCCAUUUGGUUCCUUUAGUAUGCACAUUUGUAAAUAAAAAACUUUUUUUUUCAAA